AUGUGGAAAGGGUUUUUCUGUUUGGAGGGCACAUCCCGGAGGCCCAGUUCUCAGUUUCUGUGCCCCCAAGGUUAUUACUGUGAGGAGGGCACUGCUGUGCCACAUGGGUCACCUUGCCCGGCUGGUACCGCAGGAGGACAACUGGGUCAGACAAGUAGGGCAGCCUGCAAGAGGUGUGCAGAGGGUCGCUACUGUCCCACAGGUGUGAAGGACUGUCUGAAGUGUCCAGCAGGUUUCUACUGCCCCGAGGGCAUAAGUGACCCGUUGCCCUGUCAGCCUGGCACUUUUAACCCUUUGGAGGGACAGGACGCAUUGACAGACUGUAGGUCAUGUUAUCCAGGCAAGGCCUGUACACAGGUGGCCCUGAGGGCUCCUGAUGUUGAGUGUAUGCCAGGCUUUGUAUGCCCACCUGGCUCAGCACGGCCCAAUGACCCUGCUAACGCUUGUCCACCUGGAACUAUGAGCAAUCGAACAGAUCUAACUGACCGCGCUCAGUGCCAGCUAUGUCCUGCACGCUUCGCCUGUCUGCGAGGCACUGGUGGAAUCCAGAGACCUCAACUCUCCUGCUUUGCUGGCCAUUACUGCCCGGUUGGCACCAUGUUCCCCACCCAGCACAAGUGUCCAGCAGGGACCUGGAAUGAGCGUAGUGGGCUGGAGUCUGAGAGCGAGUGUCGGCCAUGCCCACGAGGCUGGUACUGUCUGGCUGGUGUAGGCGUUCCUUCUGGAAGGUGCAGCUCGGGAUACUACUGCCCCGAAGGUACAAUGUAUGGCACCCAGUUUCCUUGCCCUAGAGGCACCUACAGCAUAAAAAUGGGCAAUGGUGGAAAGGAGGACUGUAUGGUAUGUCCUGAAGGGUAUUACUGCCAGGAGGGUUCAUCCAAACCUGUACCCUGCCCUCCAACAACAUUUCGGCAGUUUAAAGGAGGCCAAAGGCCGGAGGAUUGUCUUGUGUGUCCAGCUGGCUACUACUGCCCCCACUCAGCUACAGUCGACCCCAGAGUGUGUGGGACAGGCAGUUACUCUGACGAGGGUUCAGAGGAGUGUCUGCCAUGCCUACCUGGUCAUUACUGCAGUGAUGAGACCACCAGUGAGGAGGCCAUGCUCAGAGUCAUGGUGUGUCCACCUGGUUUCCUGUGCUCUAAGGGCUUGGACCGGGAUCCCCAGCGUUCAGCCGUUCUUUGCCCUAUAGGCUUCUACUGCCCUGGGGGUGGUGUUAAUCCAAAUCCUAUACCAUGUCCCAAUGGUACGUACAGUGGGAAACCAGGAUUGAGAGACCCUUCAGACUGCACUAUAUGUCCGGUGGGAAUGUACUGCUUCACUCAUCAACCCCACGAACAACCAAUUACUGAACCAACUGGAGGCUGUCCUGAUGGAUAUUACUGCCCUUUGGGCACUGGACACCCUCUUUCAUUUCCAUGUGAAUCAGGAUUCUACAGAAAUGAGUCUCAUAGACAUGGUGGAGGUGCCUGUGGCUUUUUUUGUCCUGAGGGGAGUUCUGCUCCAGAGCCAUGUGAGGAGGGCACUUAUAGCUCUCGGCCAGGUUUACGUGAUGCGUCAGAGUGCACGCUUUGCGAUGGGGGCAGAUACUGCACAGGUGUUGGCAAGACAAAACCAUCCGGUAACUGUGAGGGAGGAUUUUACUGUAAACGACAAUCUACUAGUGCCACUCCUUUUGAUGGAACGACUGGAGGCCUGUGUCCAGCUGGCAGUUUCUGUUCUCCAGGAUCAGCUUACCCACAGCCCUGUCCCUCAGGCACAUUCAGCAACAGCACUGGCCUAAAACAUGUCCAGCAGUGUGUCAAGUGUCCUGCAGGUUAUUACUGUUUAGGUUUAGGAUCCACCUCUCCAACUGGCCUAUGUUCUGCAGGACAUUACUGCAGUGGUGGUUCUGCAUCUCCUGUUCAGCAUCAAGUUGAAGAAGGCCACUACUCUGUAAAGGGAGCUGUGAAGCCUGAGCCCUGUUCUUUGGGCACUUUUCAACCGGAAAGAGGACAAAGUGUAUGCAUUCAGUGCAAACCAGGUAGACAGUGUAACCUGACAGGCCUAGCUCAUCAGCCUCUUUGCCCUCCAGGACACUACUGUACAGCUGGAACCUCAACUGCACAUCCAUGUCCCCCAGGAACGUACAUGGCUAAUCCAGGGGCGGAAAAAGUGCAGGACUGUGGUCCAUGUGAUGCUGGUCAGUACUGCCAUGCUCCUGGUCUAUCAACCCCACAGGGUCCUUGUGAUUCUGGGUUCUACUGUAGCGGAGGAGCCAACACUGCCACUCCAGUGAAUCUCAGGUCUGGAGAUGUUUGCCCUGCGGGUUAUUACUGCCCUGGAGGCACCAGACACCCAUAUCAGUACCCGUGUCCUGCUGGAACAUGGAGCAGUGUGAUGGGAGCUCAGAACCUGUCCUCCUGCUCACCUUGCCCUGCAGGGUUUUUCUGCAAUAAGACUGGACUCACUCAGCCUACAGGAGUCUGUGCUGCAGGAUUUUUUUGUAUUAGUGGUGCUAAAACCUCAUCACCUGAAGAUGGUGUUACUGGAAACAGAUGCCCAGCAGGAUAUUACUGCCCACAAGGAUGCACUUCACCUCAACACUGCCCUGAUGGCACAUACUCCAACACUACAGGUGCUGCCAAGUGCAGUGAAUGUCCUCCUGGAUGGCUCUGCCUGGAAGGUGAAGAAGCCCAGCUGUGUCCAGAAGGACAUUACUGCCUGGGGGGCACAAUGGAGGAUAUCCUCCCUUGCCCUCCAGGCACAUACAACCCCAAAGCAGGACAGAGACAAGUAGAGCAGUGUUCACUGUGCUCAGCUGGAAUGUACUGUGAGGAAUGGGGACUAGUGGAACCAACUGGUCCCUGCCAGUCAGGGUAUUUUUGUCUAGCAGGUAUAAAUUUCAGGAACCCUGAUGGGAACUUUAGCACAGGGGUUGGGGGAGCAUGUCCUCCAGGCCAUUACUGUCCUGAAGGUACCAGCCAACCUCUUCCCUGCCCACUUGGGACCUUCUCAAACAGCCUUUAUAUCACAGAGAGCUCAGGCUGCAGUUUGUGCCCACCAGGUCAGUUCUGUGGCUCUGUUGGCCUAAUCAGGCCAUCUGGACCAUGCCAUGAGGGAUUCUUUUGUCCUGGUGGUGCUAUUUCUUCCACAGGUGCUGGCACAGAGGGUGGGCUCUGUCCUCAAGCACACUACUGCCCACUAGGUAGUGUCAUGCCUCUUCCCUGUCCAGCCGGCACUUACAAUAAUCUUACUGGCCAAAUUAAAUGUAGCCUCUGCCAUGCUGGAUACUACUGCCCAGAGAGCACCAGCAACUACACAAAGUAUCCAUGCCCUCCUGGAGUCUACUGCCCUGAUGGCACAAGGCAUGCCACCCAGUUCCCAUGCCCAAGAGGCUAUUAUAACCCUGAGCCUAUGACCCAGAGCCUGGACAGCUGUCUUCCCUGUCUGCCAGGCCACUAUUGUGAAAAGGAGAGGCUAACAGCUGUGUCUGGGAAAUGCAAAGCUGGCUGGUUUUGUGUCUCUGCAGCCUGGAACCCUCAGCCAUUCGAUCUGGACAACUACACCAGUGCUAACUGUCUGUGUCCAGCCUCCUCUACUGGGGGACGAUGUCAGGCAGGAUUCUUCUGCCCAGCAGGCAGCUCUGAGCCUAUACAAUGCCCUCCUGGAGCCUUCUGCAAUGCCACAGGUCUGGCUUUGCCAAGUGGUCCCUGUGCUGCAGGAUAUUAUUGCACUGGGGAAGCAACUCAGUCUAAACCAACAGAUGGCAUCACUGGUGAUAUUUGCCCUCCUGGCUCCUUUUGUGCUGAAGGCUCUAGAGAGCCGGAACCAUGUCCAGUGGGAACAUUCUCUGCACUGGCUGGUCUGAAGCAUCGGUCCCAGUGUCAGUCAUGCACAGCUGGUCACUAUUGCAGCACAAGAGGCCUGAGAGCUCCUACUGCGCCUUGCAGUCAGGGUUAUUGGUGCCCCCCUGGUCAGACUGACGACCUAGCUCUGCCUUGUCCGCUCGGUCAUCAAUGUCCCCCAGGAAGCAGUGCCCCAGUUAUCUGCACCUCUGGGACUUACCAGGACAAGCAGAAGCAGGCCAACUGCACAGUCUGUGAAGAGGGCAAGAUAUAG